AUGACUGUCACCGCUGCUGCUGCAAGUGCAACAGAUUUUAAGAGUUUUUCCGAUUAUAAGGAUGUUUUAGCUACUUUAUCCAAGUAUAAUAUCCAAGAAAAUGGGAACGGAAAUGUUCGUAAGGAUGAGAAGAUUAAAGGGUCAUUUAAUUUAGAUUGGUUUGAUGAAAAAAUAAGAUUAAAAAAUGGGUUAGUUGAGAAAUCAAAGAAUUUUUAUCAUGGGUAUAAAGAGAAAACAGAGCAUAAGAAAUUUAAUCAUGAUGAUGAUGAUCAUGAUGGAGCAGAAAGUGAUUCAAGUUCUGAUCUUUUUGAGUUGCAAAUUGAUUAUGUUUAUGGGUGUUGUUCAAGUGGAUUGCCUGUCUACAAAACUACUCAUAUGGAUAGUAUUAAGAGAUCUUCUGCAACUGCAAUUACCAAUGGCCCCAUUAAAGCUUAAUGUUAAUUCUUGUUUUUUGUGGGGAAUUCCUGAAUUGAGGGAAUUUCUGGCCGAAACUUCUUAUUUCUCUUGAUAAGGGUAUGAUUUGAUGUUAUAAAUUAAUAUUCACUUUGAUUAUGAUUUUUGUGAGCUAUAAACCGAACAUGUAGAUGGUGAGGAUGAUGAAUGUAAG